UCGUUUUCCUUGUUCAGCAAAUCAGUGUGGUGUGUUUUCAACAAGAAAUUUACAAAUAUGAGUACCCCUGAAGCGAGCACCAGCGAGAGCAAACCUGUAUGUGUUUAUAUUGUACCAACAAGGAUUCAAAAGAAGCGUUUAAAGGAUAUCAAAUCUGCAGCCAGACGGAAAAAACUAUCGUUUGUGGAGUCAUUCUGCCCAAAAGUGACACACAUAGUGAGUGAAUUGGACAACAGAUUAAAAGUUGCACGCAAACUCAAAAUUGUGGAUCAUUCCAUACUGAUAGGAAUUGAACUUCUUCGCCUUACAUGGUUUACAGCUUGUAUUAAAAAAGCUGAAAUAUUACCAAUAGAAGAUGAACACAGGAUACCAGACCCCCCUCCAGAGGAGGAAUGUGCUGCCCCUAUAGAGACCUUGCCACAGAUAACCACCACGGAAUGGGCAUGUCAACGAGCCACACCCCUCAGACACUUCAAUGAAAUAUUCUGUACUGCCCUGGAGGUGCUACAGUUGAAGGCAGAGUUCAUUGACAGUGGCCAGGAUCACUUGCGCUCCCUGGCUUUCCGCAGAGCUUCAUGUGUGCUGAAGUCACUGCCGUUCAUGAUCACAAACGUUAAACAGGUGAAAGGACAGAAGGACAUUGGGGGCCACAGCAGACAAGUCAUCAAGGAGAUUCUCGGAGAGGGGUUCGCUACAGAGGUAGAAGAAACAUUAAAGGAUGCAUGGUUUCAGAAAGUCAAGCUUUUCUCCACAAUAUUUGGGGUGGGGCCAGCCACAGCAAAGAUCUGGGUGGAGCAGGGUGUGAACACUGUUGCUGAGGCCCUUGUCAAGUGUGAACGCAAGAACUGGAUGGUCCAGUGGGGAUUGGCCUUUCAUGAUGAUCUGAGUGACCUUGUUCAACUGAUAGAGGCAGAGAACUUGACCGCUGUGAUCAGGGCAGAGGCAGAGAGGAUUCUACCUGGUGUUAUUGUGACACUGACCGGUGGAUUCCGCAGAGGUAAAACAAAUGGUCACGACGUAGACUUGCUGUUCAGUCACCCAGAGGAAGGCAAGGAGGUCAACUUUCUACCUAAGUUACUAACCCAGCUGGAACAGAGGUCACUGAUUCUGUGUGGUAAGCUGGAGAAAAGUUCAUACGGCGACAGAGUUUUGUCGCGUGAUUACAACACAAAGGGACACAUGGAUCAUUAUGAAAAGUGGAUUGGACUUAUGAAGCUUCCCAAGCGGUUCUGUCAUGAAAAGAUUGACCCCAGUGAAUACCGUUUUCUGAUGUCCAAUAAUGCCCCAGUCCGCGGGGUUGAAAACUGUACGGUUGAUGACUACGAGCCACACAGCAAGAAGCAGAGGAUGUGUGACGGCGAGCCGAGUGCUAUGUCCUUGGCAAGUGUGCCACGUACCUGGACUGCUCGCAGAGUUGACCUUGUCAUUGCCCCCUACAGCAUGUAUUACUACGCCCUGCUAGGUUGGACUGGCAGUAAACAGUUUAAUCGUGACAUCAGAUUGUAUUCACAAAAGUCACUCAACCAAAAGCUAACCAGUCAUGGACUAUGGAACUUUGAACAGAAUAAAAAGCUACCAGCAGCUAAUGAAGAGGAAAUAUUUGAACAUUUAAGCCUCACCUACCAGAAACCAUCCGACCGUAAUUGUUGAGUCGACCAAGAACUGCUGAUGUAAAUAUUCUGUGAUUCUCAACAAUGAGGAUGAAACUUAACGUAGAACCAUUACAGACAUAUAUCAUUUUAGGUAGCCAUAUAUCCCAACAUGUGUGUUUGUUAGCUAUUACCUGCGUAAGUAGAGCCCUGUGUAUGCUGACCAUUUUUAAAGUGACCGUAGAAGAUCAUCUUCUAGACCAGUUUUCCUGAUGAUGAAUCGGUACAGUGAUCAUUUUAAUUUCAAGUGUUGUGAACGAUAGCUAAUACAUUUGUUCAUUGGUCCUCAAACAUAUGAUAUUCUUUGUAAUAAACAUUCAUGUGCUUUUAUAAUGUGGAAGUGAUUUUUAGAAGAUUGUGAAAACAAAACCAUAUUGAAAAAAAUCCCAUGUUACAUUUCAAUGAUUAAAGUUUUGAGUAUUUGCUUAUUUUUUUCAGAAUCAAUAUUGCUAACUGUAAUGGAAUUGAUCAACAUUAAUAUGUUAAUUUCUGUUCUUGUUAUUAAGCUGAAAUAUAUUUUUGACCAUUUGUUUCAUUGACAUAUAAUACCAUCUGAAGAGGUUUUUUAAAAAAAAAUGAAAUUUUAAUGUUAGGAACAAAUUCCUCCAGAAACAAUUUAUCAAUUUUCAAGGGAUUUACAUUUUUUUACAACCGCGGAACAACUGACCAAUCGUCAAAACAGCAUUUUAGCACCUUUCUAUUAUGGUGUCAUAUUUUCAGCCUAAGGUGGUAGGUCAGCUCCUUAAUCUAGACCGGUUCCAGUGUUGUUGUUAUCAUAUGUUGCCACUUUUAAUAGUCUGAUCUACUAUUACACUGUAGAGUAAAUGUUUAUGUGUAGUGUUUGUUAGGGGUUGUGAUUAAAUGGACAGGAAAACACUUAUAAUUCAGUUUACAUUUUGAUUUUUAAAGGAAAAAUCAAUUGGGGCAUAAACAAUUUUGAAAUCUAUUCCGUAUUUUUUUCUUUCCUUUUUUUCCUAUCAAACCAUAAUAAUUUUCAACAUGUUAAAAAUUGUAAACUGAGAUUUUUGUUUUAAUUUAUGGUUUAAUUUGAUUUAAAUUUAUGGACUUUUCUUAUCCUUGUUUCAUUGUAUUAUCUGUAAUUCAUGUGCUACAUUUUAACAUGUAUAAAGUGUUUUAUAUCAAAAGUGUGAUUAAGAGCUAUGACAGUAAUUAACCCUUAUUAACACAUAGCAGAUGUAGCAGUUAUUGGGUAGAAAUUUCCCGACCAUCGUCCGUUUAUCAGAACAUGUUGCGGUAGUGUAGUUCUGUGUUGUUAGAUGUUUACAGUCAUACUGCUCUAUAUUUGUUGCUUCUGUGAAGAAAUUGCUUUAGCAGAUAUUCGAUUAAAAUAUUUACAAAAG